GCUCUUGUGUCCAAUAUCGACACAGAGGACAAGAAAGUUAUGAAGGGCCUUAAAAGGAAUAUUCAAAACAAAAUGAACUACUUAAGGAAGAGAAUGCACUCUCCGGACAGAGAAUACAAGAGAAACAAGGCCAGAGAACACAAUCUACCUACUCACAACAUGGAAAAAAUGUCAAUGAGCAGUUAAGACAAGUCGGGAAAUAUGAUAUGCCUACAAGAUUACAUGGGUUAUCCCAUAGCAAAGGCAACUGUUGUAGCCUAUCCCUGUAUAGAUAUGUACAUCAAAGAUCAACCAGAUGAAAAUGUAAAAGAUUGGGUGUCUGUGAUGGUUGAAGUCAAAAGACGCGCCUCCACUCUCGACUUCCUGCCAUGUAGGAUAUCAAAGCAAGACUGGAGUGAUGUUGGGAAAAACAGCCUCCUCACUUGGCCAAUAAAUAUGAUUGGACGAAGUGAUGAAUACGAAUUGUUUGUGGCUGAACAGUAUAAAGUCAAGAGGCAAAUCAAGAAAAGGCGGGUGCUGCCACCAACACCAAUUGGGAAUGGAGCAGCAAGGAGAAGGCUGCCAUUUCCUGUGGGAGCCCCUCAGUUAGCCCCCCCCUAUGAGAGCAACAGGGGCAGUAGUGACCAACAUCGACCCCCCACAGAUGGAUGAGGCAGCAGCGAUGGCCAUGAUAGACCCCCCACACAUGGAAGAGGCAGCAGCCAUGUUUGACCCCCCACACAUGGAACAGGCAGCAGCCAUGUUCGACCCCCACACAUGGAAGAGGCAGCAGCCAUGAUGGACCCCCCACAUAUGUAGAGGCAGCAGCCAUGAUGGACCCCCCACAUGUGAUGGACGCCGCAGCCAACAUCGACCCCCCACACAUGGAAGAGGUAGCAGCAGUGGCCAACAUCGACCCCCCCACAAAUGGAAGAGGCAGCAGCGAUGGCCUUGAUAGACCCCACACACAUGGAAGAGGCAGCAGCCAUGUUCGACCCCCCACACAUGGAAGAGGCAGCAGCCAUGAUGGACCCCCCACAUGUGGUAGAGGCAGCAGCCAUGAUGGACCCCCCAAAUGUGAUGGACGCCGCAGCCAACAUCGACCCCCCACACAUGGAAGAGGCAGCAGCAGUGGCCAACAUCGACCACCCACAGAUGGAACAGGCAGCAGCGAUGGCCGUGAUAGACCCCCUACCUGUGGAAGAGGCAACAGUCAUGAUCAACCCCCACACAUGGAAGAUGAAGCAGCGGUGGCCCUUAUCGACCCCCAUCAUAUUGAGCCAGCGGCCACACACAUGGGGGAGGCAGUGCCCAUAUUAAAAUACUAAAGUUGAAACCGAUUGUUGUAAAGUUCCUAAGGAAGUCAGGACCUAAAAACACCUACAUCUGGCCAAGAAUAGAGGAUACAUCAGAGGUCGAGAGUGAAGAAAUUGUAAGAGUGCUGGAAUGCCCUACCAUGGGUUCGAGGGGAAAACUUGUUUUCAAAAGUGUUGUUUAACGUUAUUGUAUAUCUGCGUUAUGAUGUAUUGAAAGAUCAAAUGACUUUAAAAAAUCUUUUUAUACAAUAUUUAUAUUGUCUAUAAUCAUAUACUUGUAUAACUGUACAGUCUUAUUAAUUAUUUAUGUUUAAUAUAUGUCAUGUUGAACUGUAUGUCUGUACCAUAAAGUGUAUAACCAUGUGAAUAUGAACGUAUACAUAGGAUUGAUUUUUGGUGUAAUAUUUUAUUUAUUUAUAAAAUUGUUUGCACUUGAUCUAUUAUAGUCUUCAUCAUAACAAUAGGGAAUAUCAGAUUAAAUGCCCUAACUUUACAUAUUAUUACAAUACAAUGCAAUUUCUUUUAUUUAAGUGUCACAUAUUUUAUAAAAAGUAAAAUUUCAAGAUUCAAAUUGAUCAGUAAUGACAUCAAGCCAAAUCUGGCUUAUGAGACACUAAAAGUCAUUAUCACACCUUAAAAUAAGUAAACUCACUAGCACUGUACAUAUAUAAAGUUAAAACAGGCGCCUGUGAUACAUAUGAUAUAAAGCAGCGUCUAAAG